AAUUCAAUCCGGCACAACUUGUCACUCCACAGCCGAUUCGUCAGGGUACAGAAUGAAGGCACCGGGAAAAGCUCUUGGUGGAUGAUCAAUCCAGAUGGUGGAAAAGGCGGCAAGGCGCCCCGGAGACGCGCUGUGUCAAUGGACAACAGCAACAAGUACACAAAGAGCAGAGGGCGGGCGGCUAAGAAAAAGGCAGCCCUGCAAACCGCCCAGGAGACAAGCGAGGACAGCCCUUCUCAGCUCUCCAAGUGGCCAGGGAGUCCCACCUCCCGCAGCAGUGACGAGCUGGAUGCAUGGACGGAUUUUCGCUCCCGUACAAAUUCAAACGCCAGCACCAUCAGUGGCCGCUUGUCACCGAUUUUGGCAAGCACGGAACUAGAUGAUGUUCAAGAUGACGAUGCUCCACUUUCUCCCAUGCUGUACAGUAGUCCAUCAAGCUUGUCCCCAUCGGUAAACAAACCGUGUACUGUGGAGUUGCCUAGGUUGACUGAUAUGGCUGGGACAAUGAAUUUGAACGAUGGACUGGCAGAUAACCUCAUGGAUGAUCUCUUGGACAAUAUAACACUCCCUCCCUCCCAGCAGUCGCCCACAGGAGGGAUAAUGCAGAGAAGCUCCAGUUUUCCUUAUGGUUCCAAAGGCUCAGGGCUGGGUUCUCCGUCAGGUAGUUUCAACACCACCGUGUUUGGGCCGUCGUCCCUGAAUUCCCUCCGCCAGUCGCCCAUGCAGACCAUUCAGGAGAACAAGCAGGCCACCUUCUCUUCCGUUUCUCAUUACAACAACCAGACGCUGCAGGAUCUCCUCGCCUCUGAUGCACUUAGUCACAGUGAUGUCAUGAUGACACAGUCUGACCCACUCAUGUCACAAGCCAGCACAGCUGUGUCUGCCCAGAAUUCCCGCAGGAAUAUAAUGCUCCGCAAUGACCCCAUGAUGUCGUUUGCCGCGCAGUCCAGCCAGGGCGGUCUAGUCAAUCAGAGCCUGCCCCAUCACCAGCACCAGUCCCACAACUCCUCUCUUAGUGGCAGCCGUGCCUUGUCCAGUUCUAUCAGUAACAUAGGCUUGAGUGACUCGAACGGCUUGGGAUCCACCAAACAUCAGCAGUCACCCAUCAAUCAGUCUAUGCAAACACUUUCUGAUCCGCUCUCAGGCUCCUCUGUGUACUCCUCUAGUGUGAACCUCCCGGUCAUGGGACACGAGAAAUUCCCAAGUGACUUGGAUCUGGAUAUUUUCAAUGGGAGCCUGGAGUGUGACAUGGAGUCCAUUAUCCGCAGUGAACUCAUGGAUGCAGAUGGGCUGGAUUUUAACUUUGAUUCCCUCAUCUCAGCUCAGAACGUUGUCAGUCUGAAUGUGGGGAACUUCACUGGUGCUAAACAAGCUUCAUCACAGAGUUGGGUACCAGGCUGAAGGAUCUUUGAGAACAGGGAAAAUGGGCAAACAGGCCCUCAAACUGACACGAGAUGUAGAGAGAGAACCCUUUGCCAAAUCUGCUGUCAGCAAGUGGACAGUGAUACUGUUUACAGCUUACGACCUUUGUGAACCCUGCAUUAUUUUCCUAACAAAGCAGACUGUUAAUAGGCCCCUUACAGGAGUGAAGAUCCUCCUUUUUUUUUCUUUUUUUUUUUUUUUUUUCUUUUUCCUCUUUUUUUGGGGAAUUGAACUCAUUCUGAAGUAUGCAAAAUCUUCCUUUUCUGGGAUGGCCAAGCACCUACUGUGGAGACAAUGUUCAGCACCAUCCUGUUGAGAACACACUGUGUAGCCUUUACAGUAGUUACUUGUCAAUGAGUAUGUGGUGUUUCAAUAUAUUAAUGGUUUACGGGAUGUUUUAAGUUGGCUUUUCUUUUUGGAGGUUUUCCCUGUCUGCCCAUGCUCCCUCCUACAACCUCCAGUUUGAUUUCCUUAGAUUUUUGACCAUUUUUGCUUUCUCUCCCUGGGGAAUCCGAAGUACUGCACACGUGCAAGGAAAUGA